AUGCGCCAUAAGCCGUCGCAAUUCGACAAAAUUGAGGCGGUAUUACCAGUCUCACCUUCGAUGUCGUCUCCUUCUUCAGACGCGCCCGCAAUUCUUGAAUCUCCGACGUCUACGACCGCAUAUUGCACUUUUCCUACUACAAAGCUUGUCACGGCGCCACCGUCUGUAAAACCAUCUCGACGUCGUCUGCAUCGACGACGACGGCAGGAACCACAUCUUGAUCACCAUCUCAUGGACCGACUGGGCACACUUGCACAAUAUCUUCAGAAGGUACCUCAAGUCGACAAUAAGAAGACUCUAUACGCACAAGCGCAGAGGGCUCUCGAAGAUCUGUUAGACAGUAUCCACGCCUUUUUCUUUGAAUACGAAAGCGAAAAGCGCACACUAUGGCGUCUUGCGCAAACAGGACGAGUGGUACAGCAAGUUGAAAGCUUUCACCGAGCGCUGGAUGCUAUAACUGCCCGUUGUGGUCUGAUAGUAGCUACGCCCACUGGGAUAGGGCCCUCACUGCCUCGAUGGCAGUCACGCUGGCGUCGAAUGCGGGCGGAACGUCUUGUGUUCCUCCGAUCGUACUUGGAUGAUCACGAAUCCGUCGUUGUCUCGAACUCGCGAAUUCGAAGGCUAUCGGAUCAAUUGGAAGUGCUGACACUACUCAAACACAGUGUUCAAAAAUUUGACACACUGCUAACGGCAGAUGAGUUAAAGCUUUUGGAACACGCGUAUGCUUUUGCGGUAGGGGACCGGACGAAUAGUAUACACUGUAAUACGCAACUGCACGCAAUGUGCUUACCGGAGUGGUUUGUUGCUCCCUACGACAGGACCAAGCAGCUUCUCAAAUGGCAGCGCACUGCUGUGAUUGUGCAGAACGCACCAGAGGCAAUGAACCUAAACGAGUGUUUUACGCUGGCAAGUAUUUGGUCAUGUCUGCAGCAUUCGCACAUUAUGAAAUUAUACGGAGCGUGUCAUGUGGGUCAGCAGCGUUUCUUCGUAGUAGCAGAAGGAACGCCACUAACUCGAUGUUUUCGUGAUGAUGGGUUCCCACUGUGGCGAGCAUUGCACGAGGCUGCUAAAGCCCUGCAGUACCUUCACGAGAGGCGCAUCGGCCUUUCAUCUCUUUCGUGCGCCGACCUAAUUUUAUUCCGCAGUGAUGAUACCGAUGCCAUCAUGCUCGCUGGAUAUAAUAUGAAGUUAUUCAAGUCAGGUAUGGAGUCGUUGAACGUCUAUGGAAGCAAGAUUAGGGAAUACGAAGAUCAAGACCCUGUGCUAGAAGAGAACGUGAGCGACGUUAGCUGUGAUGAUGUUGAUAUGAUAUACCAAGAUCAAGUGGCUCAAGCAAAACGGAUACCUUUGGGAGAACGUUCUCAAAAAGAGACAGCUAAAAGAUACUGGCAAGCACCGGAGCUGGCGAGCACGACCGAUGAAGGACCAACGGAAGAAUCUGACAUUUACGCUUUGGGGAUGUGCGUCAUUGAGGCUUUUUCGGGUGGAAACAUACGGAGUGAGUUCGAGUGCUGCCAUGAUGGGAUACCACCAAAGCCAGCAGCACUAGAAGACACGUCACAGCGGGAUUUUGUAGAACGCAUGUGCUCUUUUGAUCCAAAAGAUCGACCACGAAUAGUUGAGGUGGUUUCGAGCUUCCAGACAUUUGCCAGUGACGAACAAAAGAUUCGUACACGUUUUUCUGGUACAAAGCUGAGAAAAAAAGCGCGUCUUCAUGGUUUAAACCGGACUCAAGCACCAGCUACCUCAGUUUCGAUUGCCUGCACGCUCAGUGAAGUUCGCGCGUGGUGCGACGAGGCUUCUGAAAGUUCAGCUAUAAGCUAUCAGCUUUAUGAGCGAAUGGACGACAUAGCAGCUCAAUUAGAAGGAAUGGACGUAGACAAAGCUGUGUCGCACCUUCCUGUACUAGCAAACUUGACUUCACGCUUCCGAGACUUGGUUCAGCGACAUGUCAACCAAAAAUCUCUUCUUCGGCUGGCCGCAACGCGUCAUGUCAUUGAGAUGAAUGCAAGUUUGCAUGGCGAGCUAGAUGUUUUAAUGAGCAGGCUCGCACCUGAUUGCUUGGAGCCUUCAAUCCAUUCCUGGAAUUCCCAGCAAGCGUCAUACACGGAAAAGCUGUGGAAGCGCUUACGUACUACUUUAUCAAGACAUGAUCACCUACUAAAUGGAGGUCUGGACGGAAAUCAAGAGCUUGCGUUGCUCGGUACCUUGCUGGCAUUUGAAGUUAAGAAUCGGAGUGCAAGUUAUGCUAUCCGCGACCUGGAGUUGAUGAAGGCUGCGCUAGAUACAGUGGAAGAAGCGUAUCGAAGCAUUAUGCCAUCCAAUUUCUGCACUAAUGAGUCUAAUUCGAUGUCAGCCUUUCCCCCAUGGUUCAUUCCGCCAUAUGAGGUGGCGUACUACAAGCAUGAUGGUGCCAACCGAGGGGUAUCUAGCGCUGGACAUUUUGGCAGGUGGAUGAAUGUAGCCGUCGUGGUCAAGGAAGUUCCACCCCUAGAACGGCCUGGCAAAGCUUGCAUGCUGAGCAGUCGAAGAGGUGCGCAUUGUACAUCCAGCGUCAUCGAGCCAACAGAGGAGCCAGCAAGACUAUUUGAGAAUGAGAUGACAGUCUGGUCAGCGCUUAAGCACCCCAAUGUUCUGAAACUACUGGGUGCUUGCCACAUGGGGCAACAUCAAUUCUUCGUUUGUGAAUACGCAGCUCAAGGAUCUGUCGAUAUCUUCCUAGCUUCACAGCCCGGAGAAGAGCGCACCGUGUGUGCACAUCGCGUGCUGCGCGAGAUGGCUCUCGGAUUGCAUUAUUUGCACGCACACAACGUUGUGCACGAGGACCUGAGGUGCUGCAACAUUCUUGUAGAUGCAAAAGGUGUCGUCAAAUUGGCAGAUUUCGGAUUCAGCUCUAUUAAACCUGGAAACCGAUCGGGAGAAGCGUGUCAGUGGACAGCUCCAGAAUGUCUUACCGGGGAAUUGCCGACUUUCGCAUCCAAUGUGUAUUCCUUCGCCAUGUGCGCAAUUGAAGUCGUCAGUGGGGUGAUGCCGUUCGGUUGCGAGCUGUCGGAUGCUAAAUCAAAAAUUUGCAAGGGCUUGCUACCCCCACGGCCUACCAACUGCUUCUCUGAUGCUGACUGGAACCUCAUUAAACGUAUGUGUAGCCAUGACCCGAAAGAACGCAUUACAAUGAGCGAUGUAGUCCAACAACUGUAG